AUGCAGAUCGCUGUCCCCGAGACUACUGUGCUCGUCAAGCAGGAGCCGAUCUACCAAGCCAAGACCAAGAAGGAGGCGCGCGGUGGCUUGAACAAGUGGCUGACCAGUCACCUCCCAACUGCCCAUCAGUCGACAUUCCGUCUCCGCAUCACACCGCACAUGCGAGCGAAGCAAGGCACUCGACUGCCAUGGGCGUCUGUCUUAAUCGAAGAUGUUCAGGAAGCCCUCGACAUCUACGCACCAGGGGAGAAGGCCGUGCGAGGUGGCCCGUUCGUUGAUCUCGUUACAUAUCGCCUCAAUGAUUCCCGUACGAACAUGGCCAAGCACGCCAUCUCUGUCGUGCAAGAGCUCUUUAGCGACGCACCAUUCUUCGACAACGCCGACCUCAUCAAGAAGUAUGUCGAGCACGCGUUGAAGGUGGUGGGCGAGGGGUCGAAGGCGACGUCGCCCAUGUGGUGGCAGCAUUGGGGUGACGACGGUAAACAUAAGGGAUUUCUUCAAUCAGAUCUCAUCCUCGCAACCUUCUCGAUCCACCUAGCUGAGACGGUGUACGCUCUCCCUGCCGACAAUCCCGUGCCGCCGUGCUCUGAUCCGCCGAUUGGUGCACUCAUACUUGCUGGGCAAGCCGUCGAGCAUGCCCUCAAGACAUUCAAGACCGGUACCUACAAGGCCCCCACCUCCCACUUCUCUGCAAGCAACUACGCUGAUUACCACACUUCCGAAGACGGGGUGCUCAAGCUGAAGCGUCGGGCUACGCGCUACGUGCGACGUCUGCAAGGUUGGUCAGACGAGACGUGGGCCGAUGUUCGGCGCCGCGCGCAGGCAUUCCUCGAUCCCAGCAUCACCGAACGCCCGGCGGAAUCAGUGGCCACCCCCGAGUCGAACGUCGAAGAUGAUGACGACUUUGAUGUCGAGUCGGAUGAUGAGCUCCCCGAGGCGGACUGA